ACUAUACAACUCUCGCGUCCAAGUGCAUUCAAUUAGAACGGCGACGACGCACGGCUUAGGCCACCUCUACUAGCUUUUUCCUUGUUUCAUUCCUUUUCAUUCUCAUCAUCUCGCUCUCUCUCUCUCUCUCUCUCACAUCUCUCACAUCACUCCUCCGGUCGUCGUCGUUCUCUAUUGCGUCGUUUCUCUCUUCCCCUCCCCCCUCUCUCUUCCCCCCUCCCCCUCUUCCCUCCUUGGACACUUGCAACAGCAGCGACAACCUUGAACGGACCGCGGCUGUUCAUUCACCCCUCACAACAUCCCCACCACCCCACCCCACGCCUAGUUUCAACCCCUCUCUCUUCCGACGGACGGACGCUCGUUGGGUCGCAUUCACGAGGAUACGACACGCCGGAACGUUUUAACCCCCUUGACUGGAACCCCUUGGAUCUGUCUCUCUCGCUCUACGACAGCGUGUUGGCUCCGUGAUCCUCGCUCGAGCUCACACCAUCCCACCCACCCACUCGCAUUUACCAUCACCCUAGUGUCCGCAACACGACCAGGGCGGUAAAGUGGUGUGCCCGAGCCCACGACGAUCGUCUUUAUUCGUCACUCUUCUUCUUCUUCCAGCACAUCGAGUCUCGUCCAGCAAUAGCAAUGGGCGACAACACACGCUACGGCAACCCUGCCGAGUACGAUGUGGACCUACACUCGAUCUACGCCGCCUACCUGGGAGACUUUGACGCACAAAACAUCGACUGGUGGGACGCAUCCUGGGGUGGCUACUUUCGCUCGUACAACGAGUUUCUCGGCUUCGGCUGGGAUGCGAUGGUCGUCGUCGACAGCAUCACCGGUCGUGCACACAUCGGUGCGAAGCGAGAGCAGAUUGCCCUCUUUGCGCGCAUGAUCAAGACUCGCUUUGGUGAAACUUUGGACAAGGAGCCCCCAUCGCUCCUGCCUCUGUCACCUGCGCCUGCACGAUCGCGCACAUUGCAUCGCACGGUCCACAUUACCGACCUGCAGUCCUACAAGAAGCUGGCCACUACCAUGAGCCCGGCUGAGCUCCUCCACUUGCGGGCAAGGGUUCGCACUGGAGAGCCAGCUGUCAUCACGGCCCUGUUCCACGCCGGAGCACCAGACACUGACGGCGGUGCCGCGGCGGCAGGUGUUCGAACCAAUGGCCAGGGCUAUUCGUGGGCUUGCAUCAAGUCGACCUGGUGGGAGAAGGGAGGUCCUCCUCAAGGCUUCAUUCCCGGCCAUGGACGCACUGUCAUGGCCAAGCCUGGUCAAGGCGGCAAGGGCCUGAUUCUUGAAGUUGGCCUCGCUGCGUUGCGAUGCGCCAAUCUGCGUGCGGUUGACGUCUGGCCCCCGAUCCCCGACAAGAACUAUCGCAAGGCCCACUACGUCAUUGAGGAGUGGGUGGACAAGCGUACGAACACGGAGCGCCCUAGCUAUCCUCGCGCCUUUGGCUUUGGCAGGAGUCAGUUCAUUGCCGAGAAGAGCGUGGAGCGGAUUGUCGACGCCUCGAUCCAAGGCCUCGCCUCGCACGAGACGGAUGCGCACGCCAACACACUUAUCCUGCUGUCCGUGGGCGAGCCGCAGCCGAUCCCUCUACCUGCAAGCUCAGUCUUGGCGCCAAACAUUAUGCAACUCGACGUUCUGCAGCUCGAGUUGGCGCUCCUCCAGCAGGCCCAGCGCCAGGGUGUCCCUGGCGUUGGUGACCGUCGCCAGCCCCUCGCCUCGCUCCGCCAGCUCCUCCACCACCUUCAGAUCCCCGUCGCCCCGCAUGCGCCGCUCGGAAACGCAGGUAAUGAGGCCUUCUACACGGUCCUCGCCUUCCAAAAGCUCCUGAUGCGCGACACUCGACUUCCUGACCAACUGUUCACCCAGCCGACAUUUGCGCAGCAAGACUACUUUGCUCACCCGCCCAUCCCCCCGUACGCGGGCGGAACCCCCUACGGGUCGCCGUAUGGUGCGCCACUGCCCCCUCCGCCACCAAUUAGGGCUGACGGUCGAAAGGGCUCUAGUUCAUCUCUCCACCGAAUCUCGCAGGCUUCCGCCGAUUACGAACCACCUUCCUUUCAAGCUCCCCUCACAAAACAGCAUACCGGUGACUCAAAUCGCCGUCCCGCAUCCAUGACAGCAAGAAGAAAUAGCAACACUCGUCAACCCAGCCGCAUCGAUAUCCCCCGCUCUCAAUCCGUGUACUGGGACGACUCGGAGUUCUCUGCCGACGGCCGCCCACCAAGACGGCACAACAACGGCGGCAGCGACUCUGCACCUUCAUCUCCCGACCAGCGGUCGCCAGACACACGGCCAACCCGCACCUCCACUUCUGUUCCUCCUAGUUCAUUACGGCACUCUCAAGUGUUCCCUACCCCAACUUCCUCUAAUAGGCCGACCCUUCCCAACUCGCGAUCAGUUUCCUUCCACGACGAGCGCAGACCUGCCACCAUUCGCAGCAUGGGCUCGAGUAGUGGCAGCAAGGACUCUGGAUCGGCUGAUACUGGACGGCUAGGCUCGCGUUCCAACAGCGGCACGGCCCUCGGUCCCAGCCACCUCUCUGCGUCGCACACGAGCUCUGGCGCCUCUGGCUCUGGCUCUGCGUCGUCGGCCAAUGACUCUUCCGCCGCUGGUCGUGCGACAUCCGAGGCAACCGUUGUCCCCGAAGCCCGUGCGCGCAAGACCAAGAGCGGCUCUGGCGUCAAGCACAUUACUGGCGCCCUGGCCAAGUUCUGGGUCGACUAGAUGUUGUCAAACUGUCUUUCUGCUGGACAAUCUCCCUCUCUCCUCCCUCCCCUAUACACAGAGUUUCGUCACAUGUGCCUCUCACCCCCAUGGACACUUUAUCCUCACUCUGGACACUAGCAUGCUCCCCCUCCCCCCCAAACCUCAGUGGUUCGUAAUAUGGUCAGCCUUGCGCCAUACAAUAGUCUCGGCAUCCUCAUGACUCUCACACUUGGCUGUGUUCACGUUUUAUCAUGCAUUCAUUCAUAGGUAG